ACGAUGGAAGAAGAUCGGUGGGAGAGUGGGGAGGGCCUGGCGCACCAGUUUCCGCGUUCCAGCGGCGCACAAGCGCGCCACGGCUCGCACACACACGUAACUCGCCACGAACACGAGCGAGACCCGUGUCUCACCAGGCUGGCUUCAGUAAGCUCGGAGCUUUCGAACGGUCCGGUCGCCUUCCCCGCGCUCCGUACCUCCUCGCCCCCUUUUGUCAUCCACUCGCACGUACGUACGUACUAUCGACAUGUGCGUGACGAACAGCCAGCCAAUCCUGAUUCGCCGUUCAUUCGCUGUAUUCGCGUUGUAGCACGCGUUGUCGCGGAAGAAGACAUAUCCCGAUUCCAUCGUACAAAAUAUACAAUUUUUAAAAUAUUCGAGUGAAAAGUUCGAGCUCGAGAGUUUACCAAGUUAUCGCCGAUGGAUAAGAUCGGGAGCGGAUGGACCAGACUGACCGACCACGGUGCCUCUGUAACCCCUUUUAACCUAUGCGUUAACCGACUCGGCUAUUUCGAUUAUCGAGAAUUGAGAAAAGAGGAGGAGGUCGAGUUUCUCGCUACGAUUUUAACCGUGCUUGCCAAGCAAUAUAAAUAGACGGACGCUGCUUGUGCGCGGCUUUUUUAUAUCCAGGAUUCGAUACAUAUAUAUAUAUAUAUAUAUAUGAAUGGAUAAAUAAAUUAUCGCGUGGAGCGAUGUUUUUAAAUCGGGUUAGAGAAGUUAAUGGUGAAUAGUUGGAUGAAAGGGAGGACGGUGAGAGAGGGAGCGUGGCUUGGAUAGAUUGUCGCAUUGGACGAGCUUAGUGUCGGGGCUGGUGGCACUGUUCCGGGAGCACCGGCGGCGGGAUCAUGAGGAGCAGCAGGACGAGCAGCGUGCACGGAACGAGGACCGCCUCGAGAUCGAUUCGAAGGCUGUGCGAUCAGCUCGAUUCUUAUAACGGGAGGAUAGCCAAGCGGAGGUCUGAUCGAGCUUGAUUUUCAUUUCUUUUUUUCUUCUUCUUUUUCUUUUCUUUUUCGAUCUCUCGCUUGCGAAUCGAUCGAUCGGAAGGAAAAUUAGCGAAAUUAGCUAGUUCCAAGGAGAUAAGCUUGAUCUUGAAGGGGGACGUGGAUGUGUUCUCUGUGAAAUUUUUGAAGUGAAAGGGAAAGUGGUGUUGCGAGAGAGAGAGAGAGAGAAGAGGAAGGAUUUAAAUUUCCUUUAAACUUCCUUUUAAUUUCAUCGAGUCCUAAAAGCAACCAUGUCCUUGAUCGAGAAACGACUUCUUCUAUCUCGUUGUCCAACUUUCCAUCAAUUUGGAAAAGAAAGAUCGAGAUGUUUGAACGUUUUUUAACCGCGUCUUUAGAGACGGUCUCGUGUAAUCCAUUAGACCAAGAGACCAAGAUUUUAUCGAGCCACGACCCGACGACUUUUAUUGAGACGGCGGUCGAUCAAAGUCUGACCAAACACGAUACUCUCUACUUAAGUUUCAAUACGUUCGAGGGGGAAGGUUGGCUAGCAUUUCACCGACCACGAGGCUCGAGCUGUGUGUUCGAGGCAAGACCGUGGGAGGUUACAGCGAGACGAUCUUGGAAGGAAAAUUUUAAUUUGAAUAUUCGCGUGGAACGUGUUGGGGAAAGUUACGAAACUCGGAGAUUAAAGUAGCGAGUUUUCGUAAUUUGAAAUGUCUGAAUCUGAAAACGGUACCCUCCAGGAAAAUUUUAAAAGAUAAAAAAAAAAAGCAUCUGGAGCAAUUUUGAAAAUUUUCCCUCGUCCUCUAACAAAUGAUAAUUAAAUAAGCGAGAAGUUCUCCACCGUAUUGGACGUAUCCUGAAUAUACACGAGAACCGAAUAACUUUGAGAGACUUUCGGAAGAUCGUUGCGGCUGAUUCUUGGACAAGUUAUUAUUAAGGAUAGCGGAUGGGUGGAUGCACAAACGAUUAACUCUCGGUCGAGUGGAGAUCCAGGGAUGCAGCAAAAGCUGCGGAGCGCAUUUAAAGGACGCCAUUGAAGAGGACUAACUCGGUCGAAGAGCGAGUCGGCGUGGCCUCUUCCAUAAUGUAACCUUAGAGAAUCGGCGAGAAAGGCUCUCCGUGUAUUUUGGACUCGAGAGCCCGUAAAGUUUUAACAAAAGCGAAGGGGUUACAAUGCGAAGUGUCCUCUCACCUCGUUCUCCCGAGGGCACCGCGUGUUAGAGCAACUUGCACGCCGACGUGCUCCAUGUUAAUUAAUUCAGACGUAAGAUGAUAUGGAGUCUGAAGACGAAGUGGACGAAGAGCUGCCGGGGGUGAAAAAGGAGGUGAACCGGAACGACAAUACAAGGAGGCUCGAGACGAUGAAAAUUUCAACGAAACCAAUGUCCUCGAAGACGGUAGAGCGAAGCGAGUGCCAGUUGGUGCGCUCACCGAAUCCAGAGGAACCGGAACUCGUCGUUCCGUACAGGAAUCCUGGCAAAACGAAAACGCAAGAAGAAUCAAAAUUACCUUUAAGCAUCAGCAUCAAGACUGAGACGAAGGACAGUGAAAUAGUGAAGUUAUGUAGAAGCAAGAGGAUCACUUGUCAGGACACCAUACACGAGUACGACGAGGAUGAUGGACUCACUAUGGAAAAAGUUGGAAGAUACCUCGAAGCGCAUCCGGACGCUGCAGAGGCCUGGUUCCGUGAAAACGCGAGCCUCGAGCUUCGCCAAAGGCUUCAAGGUAUGGCCGUGGUUCAAGCGAAAUCACCGUUGAAAAAUAUACAUCAGGAGGAGAAUCUCCUGAGCAGAAGCAAACGUAACAGCGUCACAUCUGAUCUGUUCCAAAGCUGGCUGGCUUCCAGUUCGCCAGCCAAGCGCAGUAAAAGUCCCAGCAGGAUGUAUACCUCGUUGGUGGGACGAAGAGAAGAGCUCAACAGGUUGGAUGAAAGUGAUUUGUUCAUGGAGUUGAUCAGAGACGUGGCAAAUGAAUUGGACAUCAAUGUUCUCUGCCACAAAAUUUUGGUAAACGUCGGCCUGCUUACACACGCCGAUCGUGGAAGCCUUUUUUUGGCUAAAGGACCUUUGGAAGAUAGAUAUUUGGUUGCAAAACUGUUCGAUGUGACACAAGACACUGAAUUGGAGGAAGCCAUUCAAAAAGCGAAGAACGAAGAGAUCAAGAUUCCUUUUGGAGUUGGAAUAGCCGGCUACGUGGCUCAAACUAAAGAAAUCAUCAACAUCAAGGAUGCGUACAAGGAUCCAAGGUUCAAUAGCUCCAUUGACAUGAGAACUGGCUACAAAACUACGCUAAUUUUAUCCAUGCCUAUCUGUAACUACGAAGGAGACGUGAUUGGAGUUGCUCAAAUUAUAAAUAAGACUAAUGGUAGCAAUGAGUUUACCGACAGGGACGUCGAGGUGUUCCAGAGGUACUUAACGUUUUGCGGGAUUGGGAUACAAAAUGCGCAAUUAUUCGAGCUCUCCGUGCAAGAAUAUCGCAGGAACCAGAUUCUUCUAAACUUAGCCAGAAACAUAUUCGAAGAGCAGAACAAUCUCGAGUGUCUGGUCACGAAGAUCAUGACUGAGGCGAAGGAACUUCUAAAGUGCGAAAGAUGCGCCGUGUAUCUUCUGGAUCUUGACUGCGGCGAGGCAGGACACCUCGAAAAAAUCGUCGAACGGCCGGGAAAAUCGAUGCAAGAGAGCCGGAAACCGCUUUCGAGGAGAGAGAGUAACAACAUCGAGAUGGAGGAUAUUUUCCAACAGCAUGCGACGAACGAAGGAAAUAAAUUCACCACGAUCUUCGAGAUGGACAACGAAACACAGAAAGCCAAAGUGUACAGACCUAGUGCAAGUGAUUUGUCAAAUCCAUUGAGCCAAAUUGCGAGAUACGUCGCAGCUACGGGUCAAAUUUUGAACAUCGGUGACGUGACCACGUGGCUGAAGAAGGACGUCGUUCAGGCAGGAAGCGACCCUAUCAAGAGCAUUCUCUGCAUGCCCAUAGUCAACGGGCAGAGAAACGUGAUCGGUGUCGCUCAAUUAAUCAACAAGGAUAAUGGAACAUCGUUCACCGAUUCCGACGUAUCCAUUUUCGAAGCUUUCGCCAUUUUCUGCGGCCUUGGCAUUCAUAAUACCCAAAUGUACGAGUCAGCGUGCAAGCUGAUGGCCAAACAAAAGGUUGCUCUCGAAUGUCUGAGCUAUCACGCGACGGCAAGCAACGACGACACGUUAAAAUUAACCUCGGAACCGAUACCGUCCGCGGAAUCCUACAAUCUGUACAGUUUCACAUUUAUCGACUUCGAUUUGACCGAUGAGGACACUUGUAGGGCUACCAUCAGGAUGUUCAAACAGUGCGAUCUGAUACAAAAAUUUCAUAUCCCUUACGAAGUCCUAUGCAGAUGGAUUCUCAGUGUAAAGAAGAAUUACAGGCCAGUCAAGUAUCAUAAUUGGAGACACGCACUGAACGUUGCCCAGACCAUGUUCGCCAUGCUCAAAACCGGCAAGAUGGAGCAGUUCAUGACCGAUCUUGAAAUUCUUGGACUCUUGGUCGCCUGUUUGUGCCACGAUUUGGACCAUCGAGGAACCAAUAACGCGUUUCAAAUGAAGACGGAAUCACCAUUGGCCAUUCUUUAUUCGACCAGCACUAUGGAACAUCAUCAUUUCGAUCAGUGCGUCAUGAUCCUGAAUUCGGAUAGCAAUAACAUCUUUCAGAGCUUGUCUAUGGAGGAUUAUAGAAGAGUGAUGAAGGUGGUCGAGAGUGCUAUACUUUCCACGGAUUUGGCGGUUUAUUUCAAAAAGAAGAACAAGUUCAUGGAACUGAUUGACGAGGGCGAGUUCGAUUGGCAGAGUGAAGAGAAGAAAGAACUAUUAUGCGGGAUGAUGAUGACGGCCUGCGACGUGAGCGCCAUAGCAAAGCCCUGGGAGGUGCAACACCGGGUGGCCAAGCUAGUCGCCGACGAAUUCUUCGACCAGGGUGAUCUGGAACGCCUCCAACUGAACCAACAACCAGUGGCCAUGAUGGAUCGCGAGAGGAAGGACGAACUUCCUCAAAUGCAAGUCGGUUUCAUCGACGUGAUAUGUCUGCCCCUCUACAAAGUUCUCUCCGACACCUUUCCAUGGAUCAUGCCGCUCUACGAGGGCACGAUGGAGAACAGGCAACACUGGCAAGAUCUAGCUGAAAAAGUCGAAAUGGGUCUGACGUGGAUAGAUCGUGACACCAUCGACGAACCAGUCGAAGAAUUCAUCUCCUAUGAACCCAAAGACAUCGAAUUCACGGUAACAACCUUGAACUGCGUGGACAGAAAGGAAGCCCCUGAGAAAUCCGCGUUAAGUAGGCUUAUAUCUCUGAGGAAGGGUGGCCCUACUCUAGGCAAAGAUGUGAGGCACAGACUUAGCAGGCCGCUGUACGCGAGAAACGCUCCGGAGGACGCUGCCAAAUCCAAGGCCCUGAUUCCUGACAGGAAGAGUCGAAAUAAAUUGUGUUUGCUCAUUUGACGGCUUACGUCCACCACACUUGAGAGCAUACCUGAAUGAUAAAAAGGAAGAUGAGAGAUUUCUCAUGGAGAAAUUUGUUUGAUUAGCAUCUGAUGCAAAUGUGUUAUUGCCUACUGGUUAGCUAACUUAAUAGGUUAUAACUAGUGUGAUCAAACAGGUUGAAAAGGAGGAUUACCUGUACUGUGAGAUUCGUCAGGAAGAUUUUACAGGAUGUAAAUUCAUGGGGAGUACAAUGACUGUACAGAGGAAAAAUCUUCUGAAUUGCAGCUCAGGAUAAUGAAAUGAAUACAAGGUGUGUGAUUUAUCUACUGUGAUUGCUGUCCAUCUGCCUAGAAAAUCAAAAAAGUCAAGAAAGUGAAAUCAAACGUUUGUUCGGAUAAACGAAGAUACAUUUAAGGGUCACCGAGUCGAAGGCUGAAAGUUUGCAGAUUUUAAUCCCAAGACUGUCGUCGAGUCUUUAGAAAAAACACGUUAGACGAAUAGUCGAUGGCUAGUUAGUUAGACUGGCGAUAAGUUAAGGCGACCUUUGUCGAAUUUUACCGUGGGGGAGAGAAAGAGAAGAAAAAGGAAAGAGAAAUUGAAAGAGAAUAAGGUCUCAAACGAUGGUGCACGGAUUCAAUUUUGACAAUCUUUUUUGUAUUACAUCUCGAUACGUUAAUUAGGAUAAUCCGAUGGAUAAAACUGGUGAAAAGAAUAAAAUAAAAUGGAUAUUCGAAAUUUUUGAAAAAAAAAAGUACAGCCGAAAGAUGGGCAUUUUUAUAUAUUAAAGAAAAAGGAAGAAGAAAAAUAAAGAAAAAUUUGAUGCAAAUUUAUAAAAAAAAAAAAGAAAAAAAAAAAAGAGUAUAAAACUCUUGGACUCUCGAUGACACAUCGUAUUUCUAUCCCACUCGUUUCCAAGAUGACGCGUGGAAUCAAUCGACGACAUUAACGAAUGAUAACCAAGGUAAAUCAAUGCCUAUUAAAUUAACGAUUUCGUUGCAUCAUUCAAGCCAAUCCAAAAAUUGCGUCUCUGACGCAGAAAAUGAUCACGCGAUCUCGCAUUCUUGGAAUUAAAAGAUGUUAUUUGCUAUUUUGUUUCUCUUUUUUUUCUUUUUUUUUAUUCCUCUUUUUCUCUUCUUCUUCCUUUACACGGAUCUUUAUAGAAAUUGACGUAUUCUUUUUUUUUUUUUCUAUUUUUCUGUUAUUUGAUUAAUAUCCAUAGAAGGAAAAGACGAGAAAAAAAAUGCAUAAAAAAAUUCAAAGAAUUUUUUGUUCGAUUACUAAUUUUUAACUUAUUCACGAUGAAGUAUAAUAAUGGAUAAAAUUUUGUCAUGAAUAGCAAUGGCAUUUUACAAAAACAGGUAUUUUCUUGGUGAAACAAGAAGACACAAGCGAGAUACGUGAUAUAAAUAGAUACUAUGUACAAGAAUCAAUUAAUAUUCAAGAUAAUUCGAGAGUGCUGUGUUUAAAAAAAAAAAAAAAAAACGAACAUGAGAAUCCAUUGUAACAAGAGUGAAACUGGUUUCUAGUCUUUUGAUAUAGCUACUAUGUAUGAAAAUAUGCCUGUCAAAGACUAUCGCACACGACUAAAUAAAAUCUGAAUGUGCUCAAAACGUUAAA